ACCAUCUGCAUAGCAGCUAGUCACCGGAAUCCAUAUUGAUGAUGUUUUGUAGAGCCAUGUAAAGCGCAGCCGUCAGUUACGCUGCGUGUGUGCAACAUUUAAGCUAGCUUAAGUCUCUUUGCACGUUAGAACCGUGUGGGUCGGUUGAAAGGCAAACUUUAUUGUUCAGAAUGGCAGCGAUCCUCCGACGGUCCCUACUAAACAGGAAGGUUGCCCUCCAGCUGGGUCGCAUGAGUUACUCCUCCUCAGUCCCCACCACCAAGCUGUUCAUUGAUGGCAAGUUUGUCGAGUCCAGCUCGUCUGAAUGGCUUGACAUUCACAAUCCCGCCACUAAUGAGGUGGUGGGCCGUGUGCCCAAAGCAACCCAGGAGGAGAUGUUGUCAGCUGUGGACUCCUGCUCCAGAGCCUUCCAGUCCUGGUCCGACACCUCCAUCCUAAGCAGACAGCAGAUCUUCUUGCGCUACCAGCAGCUGAUCAAGGACAACAUUAAAGAACUGGCUAAAAUAAUCACCUUGGAGCAGGGCAAAACUCUUGCUGAUGCAGAAGGAGAUGUAUUUAGAGGACUGCAGGUGGUUGAACAUGCCUGCAGCAUCACAUCUCUCAUGUUGGGUGAGACGUUACCAUCCAUCACCAAGGACAUGGACACUUACACCUACCGGCUGCCCAUUGGCGUGUGUGCUGGUAUCGCCCCCUUUAACUUCCCCGCCAUGAUUCCACUGUGGAUGUUCCCUAUUGGUAUGGUGUGCGGCAACACCUACCUGAUGAAGCCCUCUGAACGCGUCCCAGGGUGCACCAUGCUGUUGGCUAAAAUGUUUCAGGAUGCUGGGGCACCAGAUGGUACACUCAACAUAAUCCACGGCCAGCAUGCAGCGGUGAACUUCAUCUGUGACCAUCCCGCUAUCAAGGCCAUAAGCUUUGUGGGCUCCAACCAGGCUGGGGAGUACAUCUAUGAGCGGGGCUCCAAGAACGGCAAGAGAGUGCAGUCCAACAUGGGUGCCAAGAACCAUGGUGUGGUGAUGCCUGAUGCCAAUAGGGAGAAUACCAUCAACCAGCUGGUGGGCGCUGCCUUUGGAGCAGCUGGCCAGCGCUGUAUGGCCCUCUCCACUGCUGUUUUUGUAGGGGAAUCUCGUGAAUGGCUUCCAGAGCUGGUGGAACGCUCCAAAUCGCUACGUGUAAAUGCAGGUGAUCAGCCUGGGGCGGAUGUAGGUCCCCUGAUCUCCCCUGAAGCCAAAGCCAGAGUUCACUCUUUGAUCCAGAGUGGGAUGGAUGAAGGUGCCAAGCUGCUGCUGGAUGGGAGAAAUGUCAACGUCAAAGGAUAUGAAAAUGGAAACUUUGUAGGACCCACCAUCCUUGGCAAUGUUACGCCGGAUAUGAAGUGUUACACAGAAGAGAUCUUUGGACCUGUUCUUGUCGUCCUGGAGGCUGACAGUCUCGAUGAAGCCAUUUCUAUUGUCAAUAAAAAUCCCUAUGGCAACGGCACCGCCAUCUUCACCACCAAUGGAGCCACAGCACGCAAAUACACACACGAGGUGGACGUAGGCCAGAUUGGUGUGAAUGUUCCCAUCCCUGUGCCUCUCCCCAUGUUCUCCUUCACUGGCUCUAGAGCUUCAUUCAGAGGAGACACCAACUUCUAUGGCAAGCAGGGCAUCCAGUUCUACACUCAGAUCAAGACAGUGACGUCACAGUGGAAGGCUGAGGACGCUACCGUGACCAGUCCAGCCGUUACUAUGCCGACCAUGGGACGCUAAGCCCAUCAUUUACAACGAUCACUGACUACUCAAACCACCUUAGAAGCAGCACAAGUGAUAAACAAGAGACGGUCACAUGUGUUUUACCAACUUUGGAAAAAACGUCUUGACUACUAUUAGUAGUUGCCGAUUAAGCUUUGAACAUACUGGACACUGUUGCACAGAUGCAAUGCAAAGUACACCUCAUUUGGCUGUGAUGAAUUGAACUGAUACAAUGAAUGGUUGCUGUGAGUCUCUUUAUAGGUUCAUAUUUUUGUGCCUGUUAUUUUUCAUGUUAAUUUCCUGGACUGAGCUAGUGGAUCAUAACCUAUGACGGUUAAUCAUGUUUAUAUUCCUCAGUGUGCUUGUAUAAAGCAUUAAAACCUGGAGGAGGAAUGAGAAGGGUUAGGAGUUUGACCCCUCAGCGCUUGUCUUCCACCUGAAUCCUCUUUUUUAACACAUUAAUACUGUUACUUUGCCACUUAAAAACUGAAAUGAGGACCGCUGCUCCUGUGUUUCACAUGUAUAGUGUAACGCUCCAUAUACUGUCUUGUGGUCAGGAUAAGUGUGUCAUCACUGUCAGAGCUUGAACAAGUGAAAUAGUGGUCCAUAAGAGCAUUUGAACUGCCUCACUCACCUUCUCAUCUUCUCUCUGGAGACACAAGAAUAUUUGAGCCUGUAAUGGACUUAUAAAUAAAUGCUUCGCAAUGUGA